CUCUCCCAAUAUCACUCAAACCAUCCUCCCAAACAUAAACAUUAACCUCAAAAAAAAAUUUGGAGCUCAAAGUGUAAAACACACACGAUGACGGCCCUUCCCACGUUCUCUUGCUUGUUCUUCUUUUGUUCCCUUCUCUCCGCUUCAUCGAUCAUCGCUAAAGUUCAACACCAUAACUUCGUCAUACAAGAGACACCAGUGAAGAGGCUGUGCAAGACCCGUAAUGCUAUCACCGUUAACGGAAUGUUUCCUGGACCCACACUCGAAGUCAAUGACGGUGACACUCUUGAAGUCAAAGUCCUUAACCGUGCCCGUUACAAUAUCACCAUCCACUGGCAUGGUGUGAGGCAGAUGAGAACUGGAUGGGCUGAUGGGCCUGAAUUCGUGACCCAAUGCCCAAUCCGACCCGGAAAGAGCUACACAUACCGUUUCACUAUCCAAGGACAAGAAGGAACACUAUGGUGGCACGCGCAUAGCUCAUGGCUCCGAGCCACCGUCUACGGUGCACUCAUCAUCCACCCUGCCCCUGGUUCCUCUUUCCCCUUCCCUAAACCGGACCGUCAAACCGCUCUCGUACUCGGGGAAUGGUGGAAUGCAAAUCCGGUUGAUGUAAUUAACCAAGCGACUCGAACCGGAGCUGCUCCGAAUAUUUCCGAUGCUUAUACCAUCAAUGGCCAACCCGGUGAUCUCUAUAAUUGCUCAAACAAAGAGACUGUUGUAGUACCAGUAAAAUCAGGUGAUACAAGUCUACUACGAGUGAUCAACGCAGCUUUAAACCAACCGCUAUUUUUCACGGUGGCUAACCACAAGCUCACCGUGGUCGGAGCCGACGCAUCCUAUCUCAAACCAUUCACCACAAAGGUCCUCAUGUUAGGUCCGGGUCAAACCACCGACGUACUUCUAACCGCAGACCAACCGCCCAAACGCUAUUACAUAGCAGCCAGAGCAUACCAAAGCGCUCAAAACGCACCGUUUGACAACACCACAACAACAGCCAUUCUCCAUUACAGAAACACGUCAAAAACUUCUCCACCAAUCGCAGCCUCUUUGCCUGCCUUCAACGACACGAACACCGUGACGUCAUUCUCCAGAAAAUUCAAAUCUCUCCGAAACGUCGUCGUACCGAAAACAAUUGACGAGAACUUGUUCUUCACCAUCGGUUUAGGUCUCGAUAACUGUCCCAAGAACUUUGCCAAAAACCGGUGCCAGGGGUUAAACGGAACCCGGUUCACCGCCUCGAUGAACAACGUCUCGUUUGUUCUGCCGUCGAACUUCUCGCUCUUGCAAGCGCAUUCCAACGGUAUUCCAGGCGUUUUCACGACGGAUUUUCCAGCUAAACCGCCGGUUAAAUUCGAUUAUACCGGAAAUAACAUAAGCAGGGGUCUGUUUCAGCCGGUUAAGGGUACUAAGCUGUAUAAGCUCAAGUAUGGAACUAGAGUUCAGAUUGUUUUACAGGACACGAACAUUGUUACGUCGGAGAAUCAUCCGAUUCAUCUUCACGGUUACGAUUUCUACAUUGUGGCAGAAGGGUUUGGUAACUUUAAUCCCAAGAAAGAUAAUUCUAAGUUUAACCUCGUUGAUCCUCCGCUUAGAAACACUGUGGCUGUUCCUGUUAAUGGAUGGGCUGUUAUCAGAUUCGUGGCUGAUAAUCCAGGGGUUUGGUUGAUGCAUUGUCACUUAGAUGUUCAUAUAAAAUGGGGUCUUGGUAUGGCGUUUUUGGUCGAGAAUGGUGUUGGAGAAUUGGAGACUCUUGAAGCUGUUCCUCAUGAUCUACCUGUUUGCUAGUAUCACGGUCGAAAUCAUCACAGAGAUUAUAGAUCCAACAAAGGAGACGCUAUUAGAAUUUUUGGUGCUGUAUUGGAUUAAAAUGUAAUUGUGGAAGAUAACUCUUGCUUCCCCUUAGUGUGCAAUGUCAUACAUAGUCCAUAUUGUCUCUACGAGC